CUCAGAAUCACACCUCUGUCCCUCUGUCCCUCCUCUGUCCCUCUGUCCCUCAGCUGGUUUGCUGUCCAUGCCGUAAGUAUGAACUACACCAACCUCCUGGUGAGCAGUGACAACAUGGGCCACGCCUCCUACCUGAUGGAGCAGGACAAGAACCCUGGAGAGUUACCUGGAAAGGGUGGCUUUGUCGCUGGCUUCUCGUCCAGUAACCUUGGCGACGUGAGUCCGAACAUUAAAGGACCUCACUGUACGAACACAGGACAACCAUGUGACUACCUGAACAGCUCGUGUCCUGUGGGAGGGGCUAAGCUGUGCACAGCGUUUGGACCUGGUGAAGACAUGUUUGAAAGCACGAGGAUCAUUGGACGAAACAUCUACAUGAAGGCCAAGGAGCUUUAUGCAAACGCAGACCAGGAGGUGUCAGGUUUUCUUCACUUUGCUCAUCAGUGGGUCAACAUGACAGAGGUCAAAGUUCAGGUCAACAGUACACACAUGGUCAGUACCUGUAAACCAGCUCUUGGUCACAGUUUUGCAGCAGGAACCACAGAUGGAGGCGGAGACCUGAACUUCACUCAGGGGGCGGUCGAGGGCGACCCGUUCUGGGAUGGGAUCAGAGACGCUCUCGUGGGUGAACCGUCCAAUGAGACGCAGGAAUGUCAUCAUCCUAAACCAAUCCUGUUCAGCACAGGAGAGAUGAACUGGCCGUUGCCAUGGCACCCUCAGAUCAUCGAUGUUCAGAUCAUCAUCAUCGGCUCCAUCGCUGUCAUCGCUGUUCCUGGAGAAAUCACGACGAUGGCUGGACGGAGACUGAGAGACACUGUUAAACAGGAGCUGCAGUCUCAGGGUUCGUUCCAGGACGUGGAGGUCGUGAUCUCUGGCCUCAGUAACGUUUACACUCACUACAUCACCACCUUUGAAGAAUACCAGGUGCAGAGAUAUGAAGGAGCCUCUACCAUCUACGGUCCUCACACGCUCAGCGCUUACCUGCACAAGUACAGAGCUCUGGCUAGAGCCAUUGCACAGGACCAAGUUUCCGAUCUUCCCGUUGGACCUCAGCCUCCAUUUUUCGAGAAGUCGCUCUUUAAUCUGCUGCCGAAGGCGGCCGUGGAUAAGAAACCAGUGAACAGCAGCUUUGGAGACGUCCUGCAGCAGGUGUACCCCGUCUACAGACAGGGAGACGUCGUCUCGGUCACGUUUGUCGCAGGAAACCCAAGACACUCCGGGGACAUCAGAGAUAAAACCUUUGUUGCCGUGGAGAUCUAUGACAACAGAACAGGAACCUGGGAGGUUGUGCACACUGAUGCAUCAUGGGAGACCAGGUUUCAUUGGCUGAAGGGUUCAAGAGGGCAAAGCAACGCCACAGUGGAGUGGUACAUUCCCAUGGCGGCGCCCAGCGCCUCCUACAGGAUCAAACACUUUGGACAUUAUAAACAGAUGAAAGGGCUGCGUCCCGUCAUCACGCCGUACGAAGGCUCGUCCGGCGUCUUCACAGUCAAAGCUAGUUUUUACUAUCAGUGACAUCAUCAGUGACGUCUUCAGACUUCACACAUCUGUAAAAUCGUUAAAAAAGAAUUAAACAUUAAAUUUACAACAUAAAUGUUAACCGAUGCAAAAUAAACCUCAAAUGUUUGAAUGUUAAAUCAUGAAUAAACUGAGUCAUUAUCAAAAAUA